GGGACUUCCUGUCGGAGGCCUCCAUCAUGGGUCAGUUCCAGCACCCGAACAUUAUCCACCUGGAGGGUGUGAUCACCACGUCCUGCCCCGUCAUGAUCCUCACCGAGUUCAUGGAGAACGGAGCUCUCGACAGUUUCCUGAGGAUGAACGAUGGACAGUUCACCACCAUCCAGCUUGUGGGGAUGCUUCGUGGGAUAGCGGCGGGGAUGAAGUAUCUGUCUGACAUGAGCUUCGUACACAGAGACCUGGCAGCUCGAAACAUCCUGGUCAACUCCAACCUGGUCUGUAAGGUGUCAGACUUUGGUCUGAGCCGGUUCCUGACUGAGAACUCCUCUGACCCCACCUACACCAGCUCUCUGGGAGGAAAGAUUCCCAUUCGCUGGACAGCUCCUGAAGCCAUUGCCUACAGAAAAUUCACAUCAGCAAGCGAUGCGUGGAGUUACGGCAUCGUCAUGUGGGAAGUGAUGUCAUACGGAGAGCGGCCAUAUUGGGACAUGAGCAACCAGGACGUUAUUAACGCCAUAGAGCAGGACUACCGUUUGCCCCCACCCCCUGACUGCCCCUCCUCUCUGCAUUCGCUCAUGUUGGACUGCUGGCAGAAGGAACGAGCCAACCGGCCGAGGUUCUGUGAUGUGGUCGCCUCGCUGGAUAGGCUGAUCCGAAACCCAGCUUCCCUGAAGGUGAUGCACUCCGAGGGGCCGAGUCCGUCCCAGCCUCUGUUAGACCAGCGUGUCCCUCCUCCUCUCUCGGCCUGUGCUUCGGUCUCUGAGUGGCUUCGAGCAAUAAAGAUGGAGCGAUAUGAGCAGAGCUUCCUGCAGGCUGGCUUCAGCAGCCUGGACAUCGUUUCCCAGCUCAACACAGAAGACCUGCUCAGAGUGGGCGUGACCCUCGCUGGCCAUCAAAAGAAAAUCCUCUCCUCAAUCCAGACGCUCAGGAUACACAAAACCCCACCCACCCUCCUUUACUGAUCAAUCACAGUCCUGCCUUGUUCUCUGAGACCAUAACACUAAGGAUGAAGCUGAACCCCACUGGCGCUUGUAACUGACCACUCAACUGUGAUCAAACAUGCCGUUUUGACCAAUCAGGACCCAUCAAGACUAGUGAUGGUCAAAACAUCAGGGGAAUCUGUUCACUGUGAGAUAUGUGACAUUCAGGUGGCACAUAAACUCUCAUAAACACAUAAGAAGAACCUCUCGGCUAUUCAUACUUUAAAUUUUCAAUUCAACUGCAAUAAGACUCCGCCUUUCUUCUUGGUCUGACCAAUCAGAACAAAGGAUCUAGCUUUUAAGCACCUGGAUGGUCAAUACUCAGGACAGCCAUCCACUGCUCAGGAAAACCUUCUUCUGCUUCACAAACCGACCAAGUGACAUUUAGCACAGCAAGGAUGUAGGAGGGGAUUCCUUGUGCUGAUGUAGCUCAACAGAUGCUCUCAUUGGAUGUGAGUUGCUGAAAAGGCCUCCGCUUUGCUCAUCACUACGCACCACCCACUGCAUUAAAUCACAUCUGAGAUUGGUUCACAGGUUUGUCCACCUGACAGUGAAACCUGGAUCAGCUGGUUAUCUAAAGCGGAUCAGGAUGUACCUACACUACAGUGCAAACUCACUGAACCAUGCAGAAACAGAUCUCUGUGCAGGUUCAGGACUAAACUCAGAUUUCUGCUCGAUUCUCCUGGAAAUAUGAAACAGAGUGGAUGAUUAUUUGUUUUAAUCGUGUCAAACUGAACUGGAUCAGCUGUUGGCCGGAACACAUGCUCUUAAACUGCUACGAUUGCCAAACCUUAAGGACAUUUCAGCAGGGGCAAAGGGACUUCUGUCUUAAAUGAACGUGCCUGAGUGAACUUUCAGGAGCGUGGAUAUCUCUUCAUACUCCAUCAGGAAUAUUCAGGAUUUUAACCAAACAUCAUUGAGGAUUUCUUGAGGAUAUUAUAAUGGAUGUUGUGGAAAGCAGGGAUAACCACACAGAUAUUCCGAAAAGACGGGCCGGUAUGCUCAAGCAAUGUGGGAAUAUCUUCCUGAGGGACAUCAGGACCUUCUGAAGGGAUUCAUAUUCUAAUUUAUCAACAUGUUCUUCAAAAGUUUCAGUGUGGCACCCUCCAUAAUCUGUGAGGAAUCUUCUGGAAUCUCCUCAGAAAACAAGAGUGAACAUUUUGGGGAAAUCUUCGGGUGUCUUUGAGAUACCGUGUUUAUUUGGUGCUCUUUUCACAACGUAAUCAGAAAAUUUUUGAGGUUUAAUGCAAACUCCUGAGAUUCUCAAGGGGAAAGCGGUCUUUGGUAAACCUGGAAACUUUAAGGAAGAUAUCUAGAAUACUUUCAUCUCGCUAAAGAACUCUCAAAAGGACAAUGGUUUUCUUAAACUGUGACACCAACACAUGGAGUGUUUCACCGUGAUGAAAGUACCUGAGUGUAUUUAAUUGAGCUUUAGUACUCAAUCAUUCCCAAACAGACAGAACUGGUUUUAAACCUUUAACUGAAACUUCACUUGUCUUGAAGCAUACAAUACUUAUCACUGAAUACUACAAAAACGUACCAAAACAUGUCAAACAAAAGGCAGAUGUUUGGUUCCCUCUAAAUAUUUCCUUUAGUUUCAACCUUCCUGAUCAAAACCACUGCCAAGAAAGACGUCUGUUCCCCAAGGACUUCAAUAAUUCAAGCAGGUUGAAAACUUUGGAUUAAAAGUCCGACAUUAGUGUGUGACCUGUUCCAGUUUGAGGAACAUGAGGAACAAAAACGAACAAAGAAGAGAACUGUUGACAAUUUUGUAUUUUAGCACUUUUUAUACCUGAUAUUUUAUUGUGAUCAUGUUUUAAAGCUGAGCAGAAGAUCAAUGUUUCAUAUAAGACUCACAUUUCAGGAAAACUGUCAUUGAAUUUUUGUAAAGAAAAUAAAAAAGAUUGUCUUUUAUUUCAAAGCUGUGUGAGACAGUGAGAGGAUUUAAAGUUCAGGACCAAAGCUCAAGUCUGAAGUCAGUGUGUUGUUUAUUCUGCCCACAGGAAGCAGUGUGAUUGCUUUUUACUGCCCCAGAUAUCAGAUCAACCCCCACCAAGUCUUACCAAACAACAUCUCACAUGUUCUCUUAUUCGGUUGAGAAUCUCAGGGUUCUUAUAAUACAUGAUACAUGGCCCACGAUAACAAUAUUAUCUCGAUACAGUGAUUAUAUAAUUGAUAUAUUGAUGAUACAUCACAAUAUCUGAUGAGCAAAAUGCCCCUGUCGUUUAUAAUGUGCAGAAUGAAUGUAUCCAUUCACUGCAAUCUGGUGUCUGUUUCACCUCAUAUCUUCUGUUGCCAUGAAUUCAAGCCAAAAUAUUUUCAGAGCACAAUAUUUUAUUAAAUAAAAUAUCCAUAUUUGGCAACAGGGAUAUGAUUAUCAUGAUAAGCACAUAUCAAGACAACAAGAUAUUGCUGUAAGGAUAUUUUGUCCCACCCUUAUUCUCCAACAUCUGAAGACUUUUUUGUAUCUGUUCAGUCAAGCGUUGUUACGAUACCAUCAUUUCAAACUUCCUAGACGCCCUGAUCACCUGCACAGUCUAAACUGAACAAAAACAUUGGCAACAUUUGGGUACGCCAACGUUGCUCAAGGCAUUAAAGUUUUAACAUUUUUGACAA